GGUCUACUACUUAAACUCCUCAAAUCAGUUUUUCUUUGCCGUUGCAAGAAGGAAACUCUGAGUGCGAUGAAACUUUUCUACCACCUUGCAUCUCUCUCUUCCUCUUUUUCUGUCUUUUUGCCUUCUCCUCUACUCUUUCUCAAACUAUUCCUUUCCCAAAACAGUCAUAGUUGGAAAAUUCUCUGAUCUGUAGUCACUGAACACUUGUAAUAUUUAUCCAUGAAAGUAAUCCUAGCAGUCCACCAGAAGCCCCAAAAUUUUGACACUGUCAAAGCUCAGCUGACGUUUCUUCUUUGACUUGUUAAACAAUCUUGUCACUUUUCUGUUUCUUCAAGCGGCUGUCGUUCCACAACUUUUUUGAAUCCUUAAAAAAAUUUUUGUUUUCUAAGUACAAGAAUCCCAUUUAGAUUUAUCCUGGAUGCGCUUUUUAUCAUCAGGUCUCCCAAAUUCUUGAGGCAAAAGUUAGUUAACCAUGGCAAUUGAUACGAGCACAGAGAAUUCAAGCUUGAAUACAAGUCCAAGAAUUUCAUUUUCUCAUGAUCUUUGCCAAACAGAUGAGGCCGCGGCUGUCGAAGAUAAACCUUAUCGCCUAGAUUCUAUGCUACAGCUUGACUCAGACUCGGAUGAUUUUGCUUUCUGCAUCACCAGCAAUAGCACUGGGGCUCAUGAAACUUCUUCAGCUGAGGAGCUUUUCUCAGGUGGCCUAAUUCGCCCUGUGCAGCUCCAAGAAAGGUUUGUUCAUACUCCAAAAAAUGCUUCGAAAUCUAAAGCUCAGGCUCACCGGGUGCCUUCUCUUCCACCUCUUCCGUUUCUUCCUCAGGCAAAUGGAGGCUCAAAGCAAGAGAUUUUGCAAGAAAAAGAAACCACCUUGACAAAUAUUGAAGCAGAGCAGAAGAAUCAAUCAAAAUCUUUUUGGGGUAUCAAGAGAAGUAGUAGCCUUCAUUGUGACAAUAGUCACAAAAAGAGCUCAUUUUGGUCAUUACCACUAUUGUCUAGGAGCAAUUCAACUGGUUCUGUACCAAAUUCAAAACAGGGCUUGAGGGAAAGUCAGAAACAGAAUGCAUCUUCCAAACAGCAGAAGAAUCUUAUGGGGAUUUCUGCUUCCGCCUCUGCAAGUGCAAAUGCAACAUCAGCCCCUAGCUUUUAUGUGUAUCCAUUGUCACAAAAACCUCCUCUCAGGAAGAAUUAUAUGGGGUCUAAUGGAAAUGGGAUCCGGAUUAGCCCAGUGCUCAAUGUGCCAGUUCCAUCAUCUCAUAUUUCCAAGGGAACUGCCAAUCUCCUUGGUCUGGGGUCUUUUUUCCGAAACGGAAAAGAUAAGAGGAUGAAAAAAUGAUGAUACUUUUGCAGUUUUAGCUGUAACAUCAUAAUUCAUCGUUAUCUCCGAGCAAAUGAACCAUCUUGCAAGACCUUUUUACACGGUAGGUCUUAAUUCAAUCUAUGCUAGUAGCCUGAAGAAUUUGCUCAUUUUAGGUUGUUGAUGAUGGAUUGUUAUAUGCUAAUGGUACGCUAAACAUGCAAAUUUUUUGCCAUAUGACAUGGUCACAGAUUCCACCUUGUCAUGCUUAUUAGGAAAGUAACCAUCUUUUGAUGAAUUAUAUUGUCAAAAUUUUGAAAUAUUAUUGUACAAAGAUAUUUGAUGAAGAAAAGUAGAGGGAUAUAGAGAAUGGAAGAUUUGGAAUGGUCAUGGUAGUGCAUAUCCGCAUGUCACGAGCUUGGGGGACAUAGAAGCAGGUAACCUUUAUUCAAGGGCUGGCCUUUUGCUUCCCUCUUUUGGUUCUCUAUGACAUGCUCUCCUCUAGAUUUUCGAGCCUGCAGCUUUCCGGGUCUUACUCUGAUUAGAUGUUUGUAAAUCAUGUAUUAUGGGAAUUAGGUCCUUCUUUCCUUAGAUUUGCUUUGUCUUUGCUUUUUGUUUGUUUCUGAGGAAUGUGAUUUAUGCGUUAAUGACUAGCGGAUUUGGAGGACCAAAUCAAACAGGAAAAGCCCUUCUAGGCUCUUUUAGGCUUUAACCUACUUUUAUAUUUUAAACUGUUGCGGGCCAUGCUUUGGAUACCUAACUCCAUACUUUCCUCUUUGUUGAAACUCGAAUAAUGCCUCUGGGAUCGAUGAGUGAAGCUUUACAUCAAGUCUUCCCAGUUUGCAACUCCAGCUUUUUUGACCACCGGAUCCAGAGGAACAAACUACAGUUUGUACCAAGUGAGGGGCAAAGAAAUCCUUAAUAGGCCUAACUUUUCUAUAAUCUAAUAACUAGCAAACCUUAAAUGCUUUUGCCGACUGUGAUCAUUCCCUGAAUUAUUGAAGCCUUUGAAGGAAUUUGCUCGGAAGCUAUUGAUCAUGCCAACAGGUUCAUAAUUUAUACUGUAUCAUAUUAUUUUCAGUCCGUAUAACAUGACAAUAAUGCAUGUCAAGUCAAGCUAUUAAUGCUUCAGCUCCAUGAGCUGAGCUAAUUACUGCUUUGUUUAGUGCCAUGUAACCAGUGCUGAAGCUGAAGAAAACUAGAAGAGUCCUUGAUCAGAUAAUUUUCCGACAGUGAGUUAUUUCUCUAAUCUGUCUUGGACCCUGUUUUCGGCUAUUGAAUGCAGAAAUCUCUUUCCCUUUGUCCUACAAA